GAGCGAGCGAGCGAAUAGUCGCCAUGUUUCUCCUCAUCAUUCCCGAAUCAGACUGAUCGGCGGUGGGCAGAUGAGAGAGAAUAACCCCUUCACCCCGCAUCCACACCAUCCUCCUCCUCAUCUUCACCCCAUCAUCAUCUUCUUCCUUUGACGGACUUCAUCCCGUGGGCAGGACUUAUUUUUGAGGAAUUAUUCAUGGGAAAAGGACUAUGGAAAACUAAGCGACACUCAAUCGGUGCCUUUGGGGAACUUCGUUAAACUCUGUUUAGCGGACAUAAACAUAUUCUAUCCAUCUUUUCCACACACGUAAUGUCUAAAUGUCACAUUUUGGGGGGCGUGCCACGUUAUAUCUGUCCAUUUUAAUGAAAAAUCUGUUUCAGGGUGAGAUAAAAAUCUGUUAGCUUACUAGCCGACCGUCUUUAUUAGCCUGAUCGUUAGCAUCAGUUAUUUUAACACGUUAAAGUUGAACAAACUGGGAAUGUUUUUAAGUCUAUGUGCUUGACAUGGUUUGACGUUACUUGUAACAUUAAUACACGAUUUGUUUUGUAUUUAUAUGAGAGAAAAACUGUUAAGAUACAUUGUGUCACGAGAAUGUUGUUAGCUGGUUAGCUUGAGUAGCUACAGAGAAGGCACUUAAAUGUAAGUUAAAUUAACACUUAAAAAACACAAGAGAUACAUUACAGUUUUAGUCGUAAGGAUAAUGGCAUAAAUUGUCAUUUUCCCCCUCAUUUGGUGGUUUGUUGGUCACCGAGUACAUAGUACAUUAAAAAAAUGUAGUGAUAAGUUUUAUUAAAUUAUGAAAUUAAAAUUAGUUUUUAGUUUACUGCAGUUUGGUGACUGCAUUUUCCUGUGAUGAUGGGUGGGUCAUAUUUAUAGCUCUUUACAGAUCCCCUCCAAAGAGUUCUCGCGUGUUUUCAUCUAUUUUAAUAACAUUACACUACAAAUUUUGGACUGACACUGGUAUUGAACCAUGUCUGGAGAAGUGCGUUUGAAAAAGCUGGAAAAACUUAUUCUGGAUGGCCCUGUCCAGUCCAGUGGACAGUGUUUUAGUGUGGAAACUCUUCUGGAUGUUCUCAUCUGCCUUUAUGAUGGGUGCAUCAACUCUCCACUCAGAAGAGAGAAGAACAUUGCUGAGUUUUUGGAAUGGACCAAACCAUUCACCUCUAAAGUGAAACAGAUGCGAUUGCACAAGGAGGACUUUGAGAUCCUGAAGGUCAUUGGUCGAGGAGCUUUCGGCGAGGUAGCAGUUGUAAAGGUGAAAAGUUCAGACAAGGUGUUUGCCAUGAAGAUCCUCAACAAGUGGGAGAUGCUGAAAAGAGCAGAGACAGCAUGUUUCCGGGAGGAGCGGGAUGUCCUGGUAAAUGGAGACUGUCAGUGGAUCACCAGACUACACUACGCCUUUCAGGAUGACAACUUCCUGUACCUGGUGAUGGACUACUACGUGGGCGGUGACCUCUUGACCCUUCUCAGCAAGUUUGAGGACCGUUUACCAGAAGAAAUGGCCCGAUUCUACCUGGCCGAGAUGGUUCUAGCAAUCGAUUCUGUGCAUAAGCUCCACUAUGUCCACAGAGACAUCAAGCCCGAUAACAUUCUGUUGGAUGUGAACGGACACAUUCGACUGGCAGAUUUUGGCUCCUGUCUUAAACUCACGGAGGAUGGAACGGUGCAGUCCUCCGUCGCUGUCGGUACUCCAGACUACAUCUCUCCUGAGAUCCUACAAGCCAUGGAGGACGGGAAGGGGAAAUAUGGGCCGGAAUGUGACUGGUGGUCCCUGGGCGUCUGCAUGUAUGAGAUGCUGUAUGGGGAAACUCCUUUCUAUGCAGAGUCCCUGGUGGAAACGUAUGGCAAGAUUAUGAACCACAAGGAGCGCUUCCAGUUUCCUGCUCAUGUGACCGACGUCUCUGAAAAUGCCAAAGACCUGAUCCGCAGACUCAUCUGCUGCAGAGAGCACAGGCUGGGACAGAACGGCAUUGAGGACUUCAAACAGCACCCUUUCUUUACCGGCAUUGACUGGCAGAACAUCCUCAAAUGUGAGGCCCCCUACAUCCCUGAAGUCAGCAGCCCAUCUGACACAUCAAACUUUGAUGUGGAUGACGACUGCCUCAAGAACACGGAGACAAUGCCGCCUCCUUCCCACACCACCUUCUCAGGACACCAUCUCCCAUUUGUAGGUUUCACCUACACCAGCAACUGUACUCUGUCUGACCGCGGUUGCCUGCGGGAGUCUGCGGCACCUGCGCAGAUAGAUGUGUCCGUGCAGCGCGGCCUGGAAGACAGUCUGGCCACUGAGGCGUACGAGCGGAGGAUCCGUCGUCUGGAGCAGGAGAAGCUGGAGCUCAGUCGCAAACUACAAGAGUCCACCAAAACGGUACAGGUACUGCAACACUCCAGCGGGGACGGGCCUGUUUCCUCCAGCGGAGAGUUUGAGAUCCGUGGACUGAAGGAGGAGAUAGAGAUGCUGAGGAAACAGAUCGCUGAUACAGGCCAGGUGGAGCAGCAGUUCGAACAGGCCAGUUCUGCCCGCAGGGAUCUGGAGGACUCCUCCAAACAGAUCCGAUCUCUGGAGAAACAGCUCAAGAGCAUGAAGCAGGAGAGAGAUGACCUGCAGAAGAGUCUGCAGGAGUCCUCAGAGAGGCUGAAGACUCAGGGGAAGGAGCUGAAGGAGGCGGACAGCCAGAGGAAAAUGGCCAUGCAGCAGUUUGCCGAAGUGAGUGAGAAGGUGACAGAGCUGCGGUCAUACAAGCAACGGCUCUCCCGACAGCUCCGGGACAAAGAAGAGGAGAUGGAUUCCCUCAAUCAGAAGGUGGAGGCGCUGCGGCUAGAAGUGCGCAAAGCUGAGCGGGCCAAGAAAGAGAUGGAGGCCCAGGCUGAAGAGUGGUCUGCUGAGACUCAGAAAGAGAAGAAGCUGAGGGAACGCAGUGAGCAGUACAGCAGACAGCUGGAAGAGGAGCUGGAGGGAAUGAAGCAGAAGCAGGUGGGCCGCUCUCCAAGAGUUGGGUCACCUGAGCAGCACCAGGAGCUCAGUAAAUUAAGAGCAGACCUGGAGAACAAGACCGCUUUCUAUGAGGAAGAGGUGUCACGCAGAGAACAACAACAUGCCAAUGAACUGAAGAACCUGAAGAAGGAGCUGCAGGAGUCAGAGGGACAGCAGCUCACCUUAAAGAAAGAAAUCCUGAUGCUCAAAGACAAGCUGGAGAAGGCCCGUCGAGACAGCGAAAGCGAACGAGAGGAGUUUAAGAGCGAUUACAAACAGAAGUACGAGAGAGAGCGAGUGCUGCUGUCAGAGAAGAACAAGAAUCUUUCCAGCGAACUUGACAAGAUGAUGGCUUCAUUUGAGAAGUUGAGCUGCAGUCACAAACAGCUGGAGGAGGAGAUGAGAGAACUGACUGAUAAGAAAGAGAGUGUGGCUCACUGGGAGGCCCAGAUCACAGAAAUCAUUCAGUGGGUCAGUGAUGAGAAAGACGCUCGGGGUUAUCUGCAGGCUUUGGCCACUAAGAUGACAGAAGAACUGGAAGGCCUGAGGACCGCCAGUCUGGGUGCACGUGCUACUGACAUGCCAUGGAAGGUGAGACGUUUGGCUAAGCUGGACAUGUCUGCGCGUCUGGAGCUGCAGUCUGCACUUGAUGCCGAGAUUAGAGCCAAACAAACCAUCCAGGAUGAGCUCAAUAAAGUCAAAGCCUCACAUAUGGCCACUGAGUGCAAGCUGGAGGAGUCUGAGAAGAAGAAGCAGGACCUGCAGGCAGAGAUCCAGAGGCUGAAACAGGAAACUGAGAGUCUGCGCACGUCCAGAGGGGUCAAGCACCAAGACUCCCAGAAUUCCUUCCUGGCAUUCCUGAAUGCUCCGACCUCUGCCCUGGAUCAGUUUGAUCGCUCCACUGUCUGUGGGCCGGCCGGCAAAGGCAGACGUAUCGACUCCAUCGAUAACUUCAGCCUGUCCAACACACCUUCCCGGGAGGAAGAUGGACGAUCCCAGGUCACGUCCCACUCUCGCUCACCCUCCACCACAAGUGAUAUGGAAUCUCAAGAGCAGGUAGAUCAGCCACAACGAGGUGCACAAACUCCCAUGCGCUCUGGAUACACCACACCUAAACCAAAAGCCCAUCAGUUCGUGGUGAAGACCUUCAAUACACCCACUAAAUGUAACCAGUGUACGUCUCUGAUGGUGGGACUUAUCCGACAGGGCUGUACGUGUGAAGUCUGUAACUUCUCCUGUCACGUGACGUGUGCGGACAAAGCUCCUGCUGUGUGUCCUAUCCCAGCGGAUCAAACCAAAGGACCGCUGGGUAUCGACCCCCAGAAGGGCAUCGGCACAGCUUAUGAGGGCCAUGUCAGGGUCCCCAAACCAUUAGGUGUGAAGAAGGGAUGGCAGAGGGCCAUCGCUGUAGUCUGUGACUUCAAGCUCUUCUUAUAUGAUCUCCCAGAGGGCAAAGCUGCUCAGCCUGGUGUUGAGGUGAACCAGGUCAUUGACAUGAGGGAUGAGGAGUUUUCUGUUAGCUCAGUUUUGGAAUCAGAUGUCAUUCAUGCGAAUAGAAAGGACAUUCCCUGUAUUUUUAGGGUGACAGCAUCCCAGCUCUCUGCAUCCAGCAAUAAGAAAUGCUCCAUCUUGAUUCUGGCUGACAGCGAUCAGGAAAGAACCAAGUGGGUCGGCCUCCUGAACGAGCUGCACCGUCUGCUGAAGAAGAGCAAACUGAAAGAACGCUUUGUUUACUUCCCUAAAGAAGCGUAUGACAGUGCACUGCCUCUCAUCAAAUCCACACAGUCUGCUGCUAUUAUAGAUCAUGAGAGGAUAGCCCUGGGCAAUGAGGAGGGGUUGUACAUUAUUCAUAUUACCAAAGAUGAGAUUAUCAAGGUAGGAGACAAUAAAAAGGUCCAUCAGAUUGAGUUGAUCCCAUCCGAACAGUUGAUCGCUGUGAUAUCGGGUCGAAACGGGCAUGUGCGGCUCUACCCAAUGGCGUCUCUGGAUGACCGUGAGGCCGAGUUUCCCAAGAUAGCGGAGACCAAAGGCUGCCAAACUCUGGUUUCGGGCACGAUCAGACAAGGAUCGCUCACGUAUCUCUUUGUGUCCAUGAAAAAACCUGACAAGGUGAUGAUCUUCGAGCUCAACAAGAGCAAAACACGUCAUCGGAAGCUGCGGGAUAUCCCCGUCCCGGGAUCCGUGCAGUGGAUGGGGCUCCAGGGCGACAAGCUCUGCGUGGGCUUCCAGUCCAGGUUCCUGCGUUAUAAUCUUCAGGGGGAUGCAACUACCUCCACCCUCCUCCACCCUGACGAUCACACCCUGGGCUUCAUCCAGCUGCAGAACCUGGAGGCUCUCUGCGCAGUGGAGAUCUCCAGUAAAGAGCUGCUCCUGUGCUUCAGCAGUAUCGGCGUGUACGUGGACUGUCAGGGCAGACGGUCUCGACAACAGGAACUGAUGUGGCCUGCUACACCCUCCGCAUGUCGUUAUAAUGCACCGUAUCUGUCAGUGUAUAGUGAGAAUGCAGUGGAUGUAUUCGACGUCAACACUAUGGAGUGGAUUCAAACGAUGCCUUUGAAAAGGGUUCAUCCUCUGAACGCUGAUGGCUCUCUGAACCUGCUGGGGCUGGAGACCGUACGGCUCAUCUACUUUAAAAACAAGACAGCAGAGGGAGAUGAGCUGGUGGUGCCAGAGACAUCUGAUAAGAGCCGCAAACAGAUGGUGCGCAGUAUGACGAGCAAACGCCGCUUCUCGUUCCGUGUGCCGGAGGAGGAGAGAGCUCUGCAGAGGAGGGUGAUGCUGAAAAACCCAGAAAUGAGGAAUAAGUUCAUUUCCAACCCAACAAACUUCAACCAUGUGGUUCAUAUGGGCCCGGGAGACGGGAUCCACAGCCUGAAAAAUCUGCCAAUGCCCGGUUCUCCUCUCCCCUCUCCUCAUCUGCGCCUCAUCUCCAUCCCUACAAGCUUUGAGCAUGUCUGUCACAUGACUGUCACCUCUGCUGACAACUUCCUGUUCCAGGACUCCUCCCCUCUCUCCUCCCACUCCCUGUCCCUCAGCUCCGCCCCCGGGACCCCCGCCUCCAUCUGCUCUCUGAAUGUGCGUCCUCAGGAGAGCCGUGGUGUCCUGGGAGCAUCCGUCAGUAUCCCCUCCAUCAGCAAGGCCAGGCCUGAACCGGGACGAUCUAUGAGUGCCAGCAGCGGCCUGGGCACACGCUCCUCUUCUCAAAAUGGCAGUGCACUGAGACAGGACCCCUCCGUUGGCAGCUACGGUUCCACCAAACGGCAGAUGACGUCACCUUCUGAUGGCUCGCUGUCGUCCGGAGGAGGCAUGGACUGCGGGGGUGAUGCUCCCCUGUCCCAAUUUGACAGAGAGGACUCAGACUCUCCACGUCACUCCACAGCCUCCAACAGCUCCAACCUGAGCGGCCCACCGAGCCCUUCAUCCCCACACAAGAGCAAGACUCGGUCUUUGGAGCGUGAUGAUCACCUGGGCUGGGAGACAUGAGCCCUGCCCUCUUCCUUCUGACUUCCUGUGGGGCCCAGAGAGAGUCAGGCAUAUACCUGAGACCGAGAGCUGACUCCUUAUACAUCAUAUUCCCAAACACGCCACUGGGCCCAGAUGUGUGUGUGUUUGCAUGUAUUGGUGUGCAUAUGCAUUACACGUGUGAUUGUUGUACACACACACACAUUACUGUGCACCUUACAUCCCUAUUGAGUGGACCCAUCACCAAUGUUCCUGUGUUGGAUGGGGGAACAGACCACUGAGUGUAGCUCAUCACCUACCGCCACCGGUGUGGACGCGGUCAAAAAUGACAAACACAGAGCUUUAACGUGAAUUUAUCUGUGUUUGUUGACAAGUGUGCCUCAUCUAACACAAGAAAAAAGUCUUAAUGGACCGGGGGGGAUAUUAAUUUAAACACAUAACACUAAAGAUCAUGAAAACAUUCAUUGAGGAUCAUGGGAAACUGUUCUUGGCAUUCCAUUCCAUGUGAUAAAACAUGAACACUUCAAUUGAGCUCAGCCCCAAUCGAUAGAGCGGCACUACUGUAUAACUCAGCCUCUACCCUCCAGUGCCAUGCUGACCAUCACAGUCAGAGGUCAGAGUUCAAGAAUAGAUUCUGAGUUCAAUAAUGUAAAUAGAGUUUAAGUAGAGUAUAAUAUAUAUUCUGUUGUUAAAUAAGUGACUUGGCUUUGAGAGAGGCUUCUUCCAUGUCAAGGUUCUAGUCAAUUAUUCAGAAAUUUUGUCAAUUUAAGCAUUAUUUUGUCAAGAUGAUAGUUUUUCAUAAUUCCACUAAAAUUGUCAAGACUUGCAAGGGAACACUACAUAAAAAAAUUGGGCCUCAUUCAUAAAACACAUGGAGAACAGUUUUUGUGUAAAUUGUUCGUAAAGCCAUUCUUUUUUUUACAAUUUUCCAUCGAAUAUGACGUAAACAAGCUUGCAGUGAAAAUUUUCAUAAAAACAUUGCUGUGUAAAUUGUUGCAUUCACAUUCAUAAAAUCGGUUUGUAUAUUAUUGAACUGAAAGCAAGGUAUAUUGUUCAUAAAACAAUUAUUGUAAACUUUCACAUUGAAUGCAAGAUUUACAAGCUUGCAAUAACAUUUUAUAAAACCGUUCUUGCAUAAAUUGUCACAUUCAAUGCAAGAUUCACAAGGUUGCCAUUAAAUUUCGCCACAAGGUCUUAAAUCAAUCAUACGUAAAUUGUCGUUUGAACAAGACUAUCAUAAAAUUGUUUGAAAAAAUUUUUGAGUGAAUUGUUGCAUGGAAUGUGAGAUAGAGAAAGCUACAAUGAAAAUGCUUGUUAAAAAAACAUGGUGUACACUUGAAUUAAAUACAAUAUUCCCGAGGGUGGCAGUCUUAAAUUUAGUGCAUUGUUGAAUGAAAUUUAAAUCAAGCAAUAUUUAACAAAACUGACGCAAGAAUGUUUCCUAAGAACAAUUUACAUGAAAGCAGUCUCCUAGUGUUUCAUGAAUGUUGUUGCAUAUUGUGAGCAAGAUCUAUCAUUCAGACAAAUCAAGAUAUGUAAACACGUACAGUCAUGUGAUCAUAAAUAAGCUGUUGUGCUGAAUGUAACCGAGAUUCACUGCAGCCUUGUUCAUGUUACUCUUGCCUACAUCUGUGCUUCACGGUUCUGUUACCGAAGCAAUAAUGCUGUUUCCAAAGACGUUUUUUCUUUAAAUAUUAAUGUCAGUUGUUAUUCGUUUAGUAUUUUAUUUUGUGGUUUAUGAUUUUGUUUUCCAACUCACAAAAACCAAACUUUGCCUAAGAUGUACAUGUGAAUAUAACAUGUAGUGAAACCUGGAACACUAGAUUGAGAGCGCAAACCCUAAACUCAUCAGGUGGAGCAUUUAAAGGGCUCCAAUACUUCCUCUAACACAUAAUGGAUAAACUGGGACCCCGAGGACCAGCCGGAGAUUAGGUCAUUUGAUAUUAAUAUAAAUAAAUCGAGGAUGUACAGUAAAGCUGCUGUAGUGAUGUUUUAAACAUGCAGGGUCAGACUAUCAAACAUCCCUGAACCUCAGAAUACCUCAGAUUAGAGAGCAAAGCCAUUACGACUCCUACAGAACCUCAUCAGCACAACAAUUUCAGCUGUCCCUCUGUCCGGUUACAUACACUAAAUGGCAUUUAGGAAUUAUUCACAUGCAUUACUGCUUGCUUUUGCAAAGCAUAUUUAUAACGCUCAUUGUAUAUCUAGAUGCUGUUCUGAAUUCCCAAAUAUUCCAGAUUGUUUUUAGGAAUAGCUCACUCAAAAAUCGAAAUGUAUAUUUACUCACCGUUGUUUUUGCAAACCUUUAUAGCUUGCUUUGUCCAAUAAAGUAAAGCAAAAGUAGUCAGAUUAUAUUAGCUAAAAUGUGAUCUGUAACAGAUAACAUUGUUGAUUACAACUUUUAUCUUGUAAUUUGGAAUCAGUAAUGGACUACACUUUGUAGCCGUAUGUAUUAUUAAUAUUUUUUUCAAAAAACAAAUGUUACUUGAAAUUAAAUAUUGUUGAAAACUCUAACAUAAAAUAUGAUAAGAGUAAAGGUUUGGAAUGACAGAAUUUUUUUUUUUUUUUUAUUUCUGAGUGAACUAUUCUUUUUAAAGUACGCUGAAAAAAUGUAUGACCUUUCAGUAUUGAAGCACAUCCAAGUACAGAAGUAAUGAAAGUUUGUGCAUAUGUAACUGUGGUUUUAUUAAUUCUAGUAUUGCCAGCAUUUAGUAUGUUUCAUUAUAUGCAAGCACUAUUGAAACCUUCACUGUGGAGCGAACUCGGCACAUACAUUUUACAAUGAGCUCAGAUAUCACUCGGGACCUUAGUUAAGCAUUUGCUCAAAUCCAUGAUCAUGGUUAACUCCAAACAAAAAAAAUAAUAUUCAUAAUACAGGUUUAUUCUAAUAAGGCUGUAACGGGUUAGAAAAAAAUUGCCAGGGUUAUGGUAUUAACAUGAACAGGAAACCUGUUUGAAAUGUUCUCAGGUAUGUUAGAACCAAUGAUUAUAUGUUUGCAUGGAGGAGAUCGAGAUGGUAGAAAUGACAAGACGUCGUUUGAUCUUUAGGACUGUUACUUAGUACAGAAUAGACCAAUAUUAGAACGGGAGGUGCCUUAGUUUUCUUAGAUCAGUGUAAACUGGUCAGUGUAGGUAGAAUGAGAGAUGAUGACUGGAGAUUUGUUAAAAGACACAUUCACACUUGCAUUUCACAUGAGGAUUUCAUUUGCCUUGUUAGUGAAUUGCUACUUCAUAUCAUAUAUAAUUUCUUCUUGAUUUUGAUUUUUGUAAGACUGUGUACAGAUUUGCAUGUCAUAGGUGUAAUCACUUGUUUUAAGGACUGUACGGCUGAAUUGUUUUAUUUUUAUUGUAUUUUAUUGAAUGGUUGGGACGUGAACAUGAAUUACUCCAUACUGCAAUGUAGACCUUUUCUUAUUUCUUUUUUUGCACAAGUGUAUUUAAGGUGGAGUACUGUUAUUUGUAUUGGUUUGGACACCACUUUUCACAUGGAAAGCUUAUUAUCGGACUAUUUCAAUAAAAUUGGGAACUACAAAA